AUGAAGAGCGCAGCGGAGUGCCGCGUUCUGGUCGUGGGUGGUGGCGUAAUCGGGCUUACCUCAGCUCUGGCAUUGCUGCAGAGUGGUUUCCGCCACGUCCGCGUCGUGGCUGAGAGCUUCGAAGCCACUACAUCGCACAUAGCUGGCGGUCUUUGGAUGCCCUUCUCACUACCCGAUGAUGCUGACCCUGCCAAGCCUCGCAAGUGGUGCGAGGCGAGCUACGCAUGGUUGACACAAUUGAUGGAAACACACGGAGAGGAGGCGGGCAUUCACGUUGUACAAGGAGUGGAAGUGUCGAGUGAAGGCCCCCCACUAGUGGUGCAUCCAUACUGGGCACACUGUGUGGAGAAUUUCCGGCUGCUCAGUCGGGAGGAAGCAGUAGAAGUGUCAGCGGAUGCAGAGCAUGGCUUUGCAUUCGGAACCAUUAUCUACAACACUGGGGUGUUCAUGAAGUGGCUCCAGAAAGAGGUGCGCCAAUUGGGUGCAACGUUUGAGCAACGUCGCGUGAACGACUUCAAUGUCGAGGACUGCGAUUUGCUCGUGAAUUGCUCGGGUCUGGCGGCGAGGGAUUUGGCUGGGGAUGACACGGUUUAUCCCAUUCGUGGACAGAUCAUCAAGGCAAGAAAGGUCCACAACCCGAGGCUUGACAAAUACGUCGCUGUGAUUCAUCGUGACGGACACCACACCUAUAUCAUACCACGUCCACACGGUGAUGUAGUGCUGGGUGGAACCGUACAGCCGCACUGCUGGAACGUAGCGAACGAUGAUGCGGAUGUAAAAGGUGUGUGGGAACGUUGCUGCAAACUGUGGCCAGAGGUGCGGAACAGCACGCGAAUUGAACCGGUGGCGGGUCUGCGUCCUGGUCGAAGUGGUGGCGUGUGUCUUGAAAUGGAUCCUCGUCCAACAAACGGCGGUGCUUUGGUGAUUCACAACUAUGCUCACGGUGGAUCGGGCCACACACUGCACUGGGGGUGUGCGCUAGAUGUGGUUGCGCUGGCGUCCAAGCACUUUCGCACACAUAAGAUCGGCAAACUAUAA